AUGUCGAAACAAUUAUUUGCCAAUCGUACCGAAGAAAUACUCUCACGCGACGCGUACCUAGCCGCCUACAAAGCCAAAGACGGGCUUGCAUUUGCACAAUAUCGCGAACACGUUCUAUCCGCGUUACUCUCACCCUACGAGAACCGACUCUUUCCCACGCAACUUGACGCGUUACGUAAACGCUUUGAAGUUUCAUUGCAGGAAUUGGUGAGCGCCACCCCGGAGAACGUCGAUGUGUUGUUGGUUAAACCAUCCGAAAAGAUCACCUCGUUAAGAAGUGGAGAUGAUAAUGGUCAUUUGUCGUUGGAAGAGCAACGCAGAUUGGUGCAGCGUGCACAUUUUGAAAAUGUUUUUGAGAGAGUGAGAGAGAAUGUGCAGUUGGCUGUGGAGACUCAACAACGGUUUAAGAGACCCGUAAAUGCUGCUAAUUUGUAA